AUGGCCACAGCAGCAACAGCCACCACAAGUUCUUCAAUUCUACCUUCUAUCCAGGUCCAUGUAAACUACAAAGACAUUCGCGAAAAGAUUAAAGAUUUUAUUGAACAUUUCAAGAACGACGAUGAUAUACUCCUAGAUGCAAUGGAGCUUGAUCAAGAGGUUGGGAAUGGUCCUAAAUACAUGAGUUUAUUACAGAAGAUCUCAAAUCGAGAAUUGUCAACUUUUUACAUUGAACUAGACGACAUCAAGACUUACGAAAAGAUUAAUGCGUUUAAAAUUGGUUCACAAGUUGGAAAAGAUUCUUUAGUGGAUCAAGUUGUUUCAAAUGCCUAUCAUUAUAUUGAGUUAUUUUCCCAAGUAAUUGAUGAACUAUUGCCUGAACCUACAAUUGAUAUUGGUUAUAAAGAUGAUGUUUUAGAUGUUAUAUUACAUCAGAGAAAAUUGAGAAAUCAAAGAUUACAGGCAGAAAAUGAUGACGAUUUAAUUGCUAAUGGUUUAUUGGGGGCUGAUGGUAAUGGUAAUAAUAAUAAUAAUAAUAAUACUGCUAAUAAUAAUAAUAAUAAUAAUAUACCUGGAACUAAUAACGCUAAUGGUACACAAGAGAAUGAGAAUAAUAUGUUUCCAUCUUCUUUGACAAGACGUUAUUUUCUUUAUUUUAAACCUUUAACCGAUAUUUAUUAUGGUAAGGGAAAGGCUUUGGCUGUGAGAGAAGUCAAAGGUAAUUGUAUCGGUAAAUUGAUAACUGUUCGGGGUAUUAUAACAAGAGUUUCUGACGUGAAGCCUUCAAUCAAAGUGAAUGCGUAUACUUGUGAUAAAUGUGGAUUUGAGAUAUUUCAAGAGGUCAAUUCAAGGACAUUUCAACCACUUUUAGAAUGCAAUUCUGAUGAAUGUAGGAAAAACCAAUCAAAGGGACAAUUAUUUAUGUCAACAAGAGCUUCAAAAUUUUCAGCAUUUCAAGAUGCUAAGAUUCAAGAACUAGCCAACCAGGUUCCUAUUGGUAAUAUUCCCAGAACACUAUCUGUUCAUAUUAAUGGGGAUUUAGUUCGUACAUUGAAUCCAGGUGAUAGUGUUGAUAUCACCGGGAUUUAUUUACCUUCUCCGUAUACAGGAUUUAGAGCAUUAAAAGCAGGAUUAUUAACAGAUACAUAUUUGGAAGCACAAUAUGUCAAGCAACAUAAAAAAAGCUAUGACAAUAUCGAAUUAUCCGAAGAUAUUGAAAACAAAUUGAAUAAAAUUAGACAUGAGAGCAACUUUUACGAUAGAUUAGCUCAAUCUAUUGCACCUGAAAUUUAUGGACAUAGUGAUGUUAAAAAGGCCUUAUUGUUGUUGUUAGUCGGCGGUGUUACUAAACAAAUGGGAGAUGGUAUGAAAAUUAGAGGUGAUAUUAAUAUUUGUCUUAUGGGAGACCCUGGUGUAGCCAAAUCGCAAUUAUUAAAGUCUAUAAGUAAAAUUGCACCAAGAGGUGUUUAUACAACGGGUAGAGGUUCGUCUGGAGUUGGUUUAACAGCGGCAGUUAUGAGGGAUCCAGUUACAGAUGAGAUGAUUCUUGAAGGUGGUGCACUAGUCCUAGCAGAUAAUGGUGUUUGUUGUAUUGAUGAGUUUGAUAAAAUGGAUGAAAAAGAUCGAACAGCAAUUCAUGAAGUGAUGGAACAACAAACUAUAUCGAUAUCAAAAGCUGGAAUAACUACUACGUUGAAUGCUAGAUCGUCAAUUUUAGCAGCAGCUAAUCCAAUUUACGGAAGAUAUAAUAGAAAACUAUCACCAGUUGAGAAUAUUAAUUUGCCAGCAGCGUUAUUGUCAAGAUUUGAUGUAUUAUUUCUAAUGUUGGAUACCCCUUCCCGAGAAAAUGAUGAGAGAUUAGCUGCCCAUGUUACGUUUGUCCAUAUGCACAAUCGUCAUCCCGAAAUGAAUUUCGAGCCAUUGGAUUCAAAAACGAUGAGACAGUUUAUCAGCAGAGCAAGAAUAUUUAGGCCGGUUAUAUCUAGAGAAGUAGCCAAUUAUGUUAAUAACCAUUAUGUUAGGAUGAGGGAAGAAAGUAAGAGAAAUGAGGGAAGUGUAAGGUAUUUUGGGCAUUCAACACCAAGGACAUUGUUGGCUAUAUUAAGAUUGUCGCAAGCAUUGGCAAGAUUGAGAUUUGACAAUGAGGUAACAAUUGAAGAUGUUGAGGAAGCCUUAAGAUUGAUCAAAGUGUCAAAGAAUUCUCUACAACAACAAGACGACGACGAUGAUGAAGAGAUGGACAAGGGAGACAAUUCUCCCACCACAAAGAUAUUCAACUACAUCAGAGAGUAUGCAUUGAGCAUGGUGGAAUCAGAGGAGGGCAGAAUUGAGAUCCCAAUCAAAGAAAUUGAGAACCGAAUAGUCUCAAGAGGAUUCACCAAGGGCCAGUUCGACGACUGUAUUUUCACCUACAAGAGCCUCAAUGUUUGGCAGGUUUUGAACAAUGGCGAGACGUUGUCGCUCUUGGGCAGUGCUGGUGACGAGUAG